UUGGCGGGGUUUUGCCUUAUAAGGCUAAAACCCCAAAUGAAUCUCAAGUUUUAUCAUUACCAAAAACAGAAAAUCUGUACUUUCCUGAGUUUAUUUCUUGAUUUUUUUAAAUAUAAGUAGAAAUCAUGAUCUAUACAGAGUUAGAGAAGAAGAGAAAGGAAGGAGAGCUCAGCUCAGCUUACCUCAGGUGUUUCAAAAUCUUCAUCUCAGAAUCAGAGAUAUGGGGAACCACAAGGGAACGAAUAACAGAAGCAAGAAGAGGAUGAAAUUAGAGAAAGGCCAGGACAAAGUAUCAGGUUUGCAUUCACAAAGGAGGUGUGAGAGUUCUCAAUCUUCUGGACAUGAUGACCGUCGUCAGAGAUCAAGGUCUCCACAAGUCUGCAGCCGCGGUCUUGUGACUCCAACUUCUAGAAUUCUGGUGAAGGGCUUGCCAAAAGAGACAACGAAGGAACAUAUUCAUCAGAUCCUGGAGAGGUGGAGGCCCCUUCGUGAUGUUCGAGUUAUGACAAAAAAGAACACAUCUGUCUGCCGGGGAAUUGCUUUUAUCGAUUUUCCUUCCGUGGGAGCAGCUCGGAAGAUGAUGGAUGAAAUUGGAGAUCGUGGCCUCGAUGUCGGGGGGCGAGAGAUUUCUUUUGAAUACAGACUAGGUGAAGUACCUCAAGUGACUGUUGAAGUUCCGAUUGUAAAUGCUGGAGUCGGAGAAACAGAACAAGCGACUGAAGAACAAGAAGAAAUAGAUGAUCGUGAUUAUGUAGAUGAAGUGGCCACAAAAAGGCUACCAGAUCCUUGGGAUCUUGAAGAAAUACUUAUGCUGAAGGAGGCCGUUCAUAAUCUUGUAAAAGAUGGUAAGGGCAGACCAUGGAAGGACAUUUUGAAAUAUGGGCAUAAUGUCUUCCAUGAAGGUCGUACUCCUGAGGAUCUAAGGUCCAGUAUAUGGUUAGCCACGGCCAAUGGGAUGACUAAAUGAGAGAAUUGGCUCAGUGGCGGUGUUAUUGGCUUCAAUUGGUUUUGGAGGAAGAUUAGAGGACUGAAAUAGUUUAAAACGUUUUGCUUAAUAGCCUCUCCGUCUGGUCAUGUAAAUUUGUGAAAGGAACUGAAAACAAAUGCCCUGACACAGUGGCAACUAGUAAUAUGAUUUUGUAUGUAAUGGCCUGUUUUUUUUGUAAACCUCCACGGGUCGUUAUAUAGCUUAUAACGUAAAUCCUCUUUUGUAAUGACCUGCCGUUGUAAUCUUCCUCCUCGGGUAUAUAUAUGCAGUUUAAUGCACAUUUUUAUUUGGAA